UAAGUCCAACAUGGCAGACGGAGUGGAUCUUACGCGGUAACUAAUGCAACAUUUCAACUGAAGCGGACACAUUUAACACUACUCCUCAAACAGGACGUCCACAAUGAGGGAGAGACAGAAGAGGAAGAAGGGAAGGACGUGGGCCGAAGCCGCCAAAACGGUUUUGGAGAAGUAUCCUAAUACACCCAUGAGCCAUAAAGAGAUCUUGCAGGUGAUCCAAAGAGAAAGGCUUAAGGAAAUAAGAAGUGGAACCUCGCCGCUGGCAUGCCUGAAUGCGAUGCUGCACACAAAUUCUCGUGGUGAAGAGGGAAUCUUUUAUAAAGUUCCUGGCAGGAUGGGAGUCUAUACAUUAAAGAAGGGCAUCUCAGACGUGGUGAAAGAGCUAUCGGAUGAGGGCUCCGAGGAGAGCAGCGAUAAUCUCUCUGACUCCCGAAGCACAGAAAACAACGGCGCUGCCAUCACUCAGGAGGGCAGGAGAGGGAGGUGGAUGCGAAGAGUUCCCUCCAAGCUGCAAUCACAGCCGUCGUCUCCUCAGCCUCGCUGCUCGUCGCCGUCUGUCCCCACCAGUAAGAUCAUCUCUCCCUCUCAGAAACACAGCAAGAAAGCACUGAAACAGGCCUUGAAGCAGCAGCAGCAGAGAAAUCAGCGCAGACAAGGGGGGAUGCCAACAGCCUCCAGCCCGAGACUCCUUCUGAAGACCAUCAAAGAUAUGGCAGAUAACAUUACAACAAAAACUGAUUUAUGCCACCCGGUUGUACCCAGGAAGGUUCCCCAGAGAUCCAGUCGGCUCAGCGCAGGGCAGAUAAAAAGAACCAAGUGUAACAUCGAUGUGGAGACACCGGACUCUAUUCUGGUUAACACCAACCUGCGAGCCCUCAUCAACAAGCACACCUUCUCUGUGUUGCCUCCGGAGUGCCAACAGAGGCUGCUCAAACUGCUGCCCGAGGUCGACCGCCAGGCUUGCUUGGACGGCCUUCUGAAGGUCACCAGCUCCGCCUUAAACAAUGAGUUCUUCACAUCAGCAGCUCAGUCGUGGAAGGAGAGACUGGCUGAGGGAGAAUUUACUCCGGAGCUGCAGCUUCGAAUGCGUCAAGAAAUCGAAAAGGAAAAGAAAGUUGAGCUGUGGAAGGAGGCUUUCUUUGAGAACUAUUAUGGGGAAAAUUCGGGGCUCAGCUAUGAGGAAUCCAAAGAGCUGACAAAGGCUGAUGUGAAUCUGGAGUCUGCCCGGCCCCAGUCUGUCGCUCAAGCAGCGGAGGAAACCAAGUGCAACAAGGACGGCCGCCGGACCGACGUGGCCGCGAAAGACACGAAGCCAACGCAGACACCGUCCCAGCAGCCUCCGAAGGCGCCGCCUGGCCCCGCCACGGAGCCCAUGAAGACACGGCGUGCUCAGUACGCUGAGGAUCGCAAGUUGAGCACGAUGGCGCAGUCCGGACACACACCUGCAGGAAGAACGCCAGAGGCUGAGAGGCACACUGAGAAAGCCUCAACGUGUCCGCUGCCUGAAAAGGAGCAGAAGGAGCAAGUGAAGGAGGAUAAAGCUGAGCCUCCUCCUCCGCCUGUGAAGGAAAGCCCUCCACCAAAGACCGCUUCCGAUCCGAAAGAAGACCAGCCGACGUCUGCGGCCAAACCUGCUGCGGACAACGGAGAAGCUGUGUCUGAGCCCAGUGGACCUUCAUCACCGCCGAAAAGGAAGUCUGUCAGUGAGACGGAGGGCGAGCUGACGCCGGAGAAGAGACCCCGCAUGUCCUCUGUUUCCUCCGUGUCUUCAGUCUCCUCGGUCUCACCCUCACCGUCAUCCAUCUCCAGCCCCGCCACGCCAAGUCCGACAACCAAUCAGAGGGUUCCACCGCUCAAGAUCCCAGUGUCACGGAUUCUUCCCAUUCCUGUAUCGCCGAGUCAAGUCUCACCAAGGACUCCCCUCCCGACUCCUCUCAGCAGUCCGGGCCGUACUGGUGCUCGAACGCUGGCUGACAUCAAAGCCAAAGCCCAGUUUGCCCGGGCGCAACGGGCCGCAGCGGCGGCGAUAUCGUCUGCGCUGAAAGGGGCAGUGGCAGGCCCCGGGCCAGGGGGAGGCAGCGGUGAGCACCCACGUCCGUCUCCCAGUCCCACCUCGACAUCCCCUCAGGCUCUAGCUAGGAUACCAGUCACCAGCAGUAACAGCAGCACGCCUGCUCCAUCCUCAGGGGGCUCUCUUGGUCACCUCAGCCCCAACCAGUCUCAGACAUGCUACACGAGCAAAGCUGAGGACAAACAGAGAGUUCAUCCCGCUGGACUCGUUGGCAUCCAGAAGAGUUCCACUGGUUCGGCUCACCUUUCAUCCGUGCCUGCUCCAAAGGAGCAGGAAACCCCAUCGACCGCUGGGUCAUCCGGCAGAGUUAGCUCCUGCAUCCCAGCAAACAACCCGCUGGUCACUCAGCUGCUGCAGGGCAAAGAGGUUCCGCUGGAGCAGAUCCUCCCGAAACCGCUCGCCAAGGUAGAAGUCAAGAUGUCGACCGUGCCCCCCAGUUGUAAAGGGAAGACGUCCCAUUCCGCCCUGCACAGAGCCGACAGGCCGACGUCCCAGCAGGUCCCGGCAGCGGGACGGGUCGCGGUUCUCUCAGAAUACGCAAAACAUCACAGGGAACUCCCUGACAAGGAGACUCAGGAGCAAAUCCUUCAGGCUCUCAUGCAGAGGAAAGCCCAGCAGAGCCAGCCUUUCGGAUGCGUCGGGCCUCAACCGCCGCAGUACAAGAUGCAGCAGCUGAUGCACUCCGAGGAACGUCAGGACCAAUCGAGAAUUUCCGUCGGCUUCUUGGGUAGAAAGAGGAUGCCCAGGCCUGCCAUGACGGGGCAUUACCUGCUCAAUGUGUCCACGUACGGGAGGGGGCCGGAGAGCAGAAGACUGCAUCUGUCCCUCAUCCCAAACACAUCCGUGUCCAGUUUGAAAAAAGAAAGCACAGAGGGAGACGAGAUGGCUAAAGAAGACGACGCAACCCGGAAGGUUUGCUCAUCUGUCUCUGCAGUGAAGGUAGAACAUCAAGGACUCGCAGUCACAAAGUCUGAAGAAACGGGAAGCUUUCCGAAUUGCUCCGGCAUUAAGACCGAGUCUGGAUCAGAGGAUAAUGCAGCCGGGGAAGACGGAAGCGCCAGCUCAACAGCCAAAGACAGCGGCUCUCUCUCUCAGCCACACCGCAGGCACCUCCAACUCUGCAAUAGCAAUCAAGGAAACUCCGAGCCAUAUCUCAGCCACGCGGAUCCCGGCCACCAGCGGUCCACUGCCUUUCAUUCCCAGCGGACGCUCGAUAAUCAGGAACCCGCGGCGGCGCCGCCGCGCUUCGGCGCCGCCAUCAGCAUGUCCGUACCUCAGACUCUGAACCACAGCACUGCCGUCACCGGCUCUUCCACGCCCUCGACGGAGACGGACGGCAGCGGCGGCGUCCACGGAAGCGUCAUGUCUUUCUCGGUAACCGUCACCACCAUACCCGCCGGCCACGCGCUGGACCACGGCAGCCAGGGCGAGCCGUCGCCCGACCAGUCGUUCAUGGAGGGCUCCAACAUGGAGGACGUCCAGUCCAAAUGCUACUGCCGCCUCAAGGCCAUGAUCAUGUGCAAAGGGUGCGGCGCCUUUUGCCACGACGACUGUAUCGGCCCCUCGAAACUGUGCGUGUCGUGUUUAGUGGUACGAUGAUACGGAAGCGAUACUUUUCGGCUUGUGUUUAAUCGAGGCACAAAUCAGGCACAGGUCAUUUCGAUUCAGCACAGGAUGACGAUCAGCCGCGCUCCAGACUUAGCAAACGGCAUCAGGUCGAAGUUCGGAAAAGCAAGAACUCACACUGGACGGUCUUGUUUUUCAACCAGCGCUUAGGAGAGGCUGUGCUGUGCAGUUGUGUAAUAGAAAUGCCAAUCCGUUUUCAAUCAGAUCAGUAGUCUGUCAGAUAGGCGAGGAAUCUAAAAUCUGGCAAAGUUUGCACUCUGUUAGAUUAGUGUGAUAUAUUUUUUUAAACAUUUAAAUGUGUGUGUGUGUGUGCGUGUAGUUUUUAAAAAAGAAAAAAGGAGGGAAAUGAAUGUUAUUUUUUUAGAACAUAAUGACUGUUGUGCUUUAGACUGACACUUUUUAUUGUUGGGCCUAAUCAGUUCUGGUUUCAAGGCAAAAAAAAAAAACGGAGCGCUAAUGAUAAUCAUUGGUUGUAGAGUACCUCCUAUUUGGCUUUUAUGCACACGUGGCAGGGAAGUGCAACUUACCGUAACUAUUUUAUAUGAAACUGUACAUUUAUUACCGAAUACACUCAGAUUUAUCAACUAGAAAGAAGCUGUAUAGUUUUAGAAAAAAAAAUAUUAAAAGAUUUUUUUGAAUGAUAACUUUAUAUAUCUAUAUAAAAUAAUGUACUCCUGAGGAUUGCACAUCACAUCGUUUUCGAACUAACAGUUACAAGAGGAAACACUUGAAAACCAUCUGGAUAUGACAUUGUGACUGUGUACAGCACUUAAAUUUAUACAUUUGGGGAAAAAAAAGAAGAAUCAUCUUUAUAUAAAAGGCCUUUCUGUUCACUUCAGCAGACAUGAGAUCUUUUACAUUUCUAGUGAAGAUCCUGCCACUUCCUACUGUGUAAACCUGCAGUUUCUCCCUCAGAAAGCUGGUUUUUGUAGAUAUCUGACCUCCGGUGAAGGGAGGUUUUCCAUGUUUCUGUGUGUAUAGAUCGAUCAGCAGUGGAAAACAGUUAAAAAAAAAAAACAACAACAAAACACUCAAGGCAAAUGGAGAAAAAGAAAACCUAAUUUCUCACUGUACAUAUUUGCUCAUUUAUGGUAUUUGCCUAGAUGUAGAAGUUAUCGUUCUCUUAUUUGUGCAGCACAUCUUGCUUGAGCAUAUCUGGUUUUAUUACGAAAUAAUUUUAUUGUGGAAACGGAACUAGAGAGAUACUUUACUAAAUGCUACGCUAAUCAUAGAUUGAUUUGGCACGGCAUGCGAAAUGAUGUGGAGGUACAAAUGUCGUCAGGAGAGUGCAACACUUCCCUUAGAAAAACGAAAGAGGCGCUCCUUUAUUACUGUGACGCGAGAACAGCUCAAGAUUUCACUGUGCUGUGUUGAUAUGUGCAUUAAUGUGUGCAUGUGACGCACGGCACACUGUUGUAUUGACGCAACGGGAGCGCUCAACGUGUGUUAAGUAGAUGAAGGCCAGUUUGAAGUGUUGCCUCAACUAUUUUCUUGACUAGUUACAAAAAAAAAACCAAAAAAAAACAAAAAAACAAAUGUAUAAGAUAUAUUUUGGAUUCUCCUGGAGGUGCAAAACAGGCCUGUUUUAUAGCAAUUAAUUUCCAAGGUAAAUAUGCCAAAGUCACCUUAAAGAAAACAAAAAAAUAAUCAAAAGUUGUUUUUAUUGUCUUGACUAGUUAAAGUAAUAUAUUUUAAUUAAUAUAUUUUAAUAUAAAAUAUCUAUUUGCUAAUUGUUUUGACAAAUCAACAGGGUAUUUACUAUAAUAAUAUAUUGGCUGUCCAUCUUUCCUAUAAUUUGUGUGCAGUCUGGGCAGACCACCAUCUGGAAUAAUGACUUUUUAAUUGAAACUGCCCAGGUAUCCGAUAAUCUGUGUGGACCAGGUUUUCCUACAAUCAGCUGGUCUUUUUUCUUUUUUUUUCUUCCAUGAUGUCUGUUUAUCCUUUUAGAAGUCAAAAUGUUGUUAUUCAGACAAUAUAAUUCUUUGAAGCACCAUUUCUAAGCUGGUGGCUUAUUCUAAAUUUCUUCUUCGAUGCGUUAGUUCAUAAAUUGAGGGGGGAUUUUGUUUUUAAGCCUGAGGAUCUAGAAUUUAAAAGAGUGUCCACAUAUUUAGCAUAGACGUUUCACCGAAACUGGCUUACCAGAGUCUGAUUUUGUUAGCACAAAUAUUAUUCCCCUGGAAACGUUUAGGUUUUGUUUGUUUGAAUGUGAUGUUAGAAUGCUGUAUUUACUCAUGUAUAGCUGGGGACUGGAUUGCACUAUAAAUACAUGAAUAAACAGACAAAAAAAAACAAAAAACAACUAAACAUUGAAUCACAAACAACCCGUAAGGCAGCUGAAAUCUCUGUUAGAGCCAACAGUAACAGUCAGCAGUCCCCAUUCAUUUUAUACUGAAGUUGCCUCUUGGUGUGUGCGUUUAAAAGAGCAGUUCAUCGAGGAUUGUCUCGGGGAGGCGUCGCAUGGACGGUCACCACCGUUUUUUUUUUUUUUUUUUUAAUGUCAUUUGGCACUAGGUGUAUUUGUUUAAUAUGUCUGUGUCAUUCUGUCUCCAUUUAAACUCUGGGUGAAUGUAAUAUAGUAAUCAGCACUUGUAAACAAAGUGUAUUUUAUCAGACGUUAUAGACUAUUAUGAAUAAAUAAUGGAAAGUAA